CUUUACUCUCUAUAAAUACAUAAAAACCCAUUAAAAAGCAACAAUCUUUAUAGUUUUUAGAAAAAAACCCAUAUGAAAGAAAUGAUUUUUUAAGCAAAAAAGACUGUAUUUUUAUACUGUAGUACAAAUCUUGAUAUUGGUGUGUAUAUAUAGAUAUAGAGUGAAGUGAAGUGAAAUAAUCAAAUGGCUGGUGGUGAAGGGGAAGGAAAUUCAUUAGAGUUUACACCCACAUGGAUUGUCGCCGGAGUUUGUACUGUCAUCGUCGGAAUCUCACUCGCCGUUGAACGUUUACUUCAUUUCACCGGCAAGAAAUUGAAGAAGGCAGGGCAAAAGCCACUGUUUGAAGCCUUACAAAAGAUCAAAGAAGAGUUGAUGCUUUUGGGAUUUAUUUCGCUUCUGUUAACUGUUUCUCAAUCAAGAAUUAUCAAAAUAUGUGUGCAUAAGAGUUUAAUGGAGCACCUUCUUCCGUGCUCGUUGAGUGCUAUGAAAGAGGCCUCGGGUUCUAAGCCUGAGGCUACGUCUCAUCUACGUCAUUUGCUUGCUGAAGAAGGAAAGGCUAUGGGUUAUUGUACAUCAAAGAAUAAGGUCCCGCUUCUAUCUCUUGAAGCGUUGCAUCAUCUGCACAUCUUUAUUUUUGUCUUGGCUGUUGUGCAUGUGACUUUUUCUGUCCUCACGGUUGUAUUUGGAGGUGCAAAGAUACGGCAAUGGAAGAGUUGGGAAGAAUCUGUUACGAAAGACAAUUUUGACCACUCACAGGUUUUGAAGCCGAGAGUCACCCAAGUCAAAGAUCAUGACUUCAUCAAGAACCGUUUUGUGGGUUUUGGCAAAGGUUCAGCCAUUCGAGGCUGGAUGCAUUCCUUCUUUAAGCAAUUUGUUGGAUCCGUCACCAAGUCAGAUUAUGUAGCAUUACGUCUGGGAUUCAUUAUGACGCAUUGCAAAGGGAACCCAAAGUUCAAUUUCCACAAGUACAUGAUACGGGCGUUGGAAGAUGAUUUUAAAAAAGUGGUUGGGAUCAGCUGGUAUCUAUGGCUAUUUGUGGUCCUUUUUUUGUUGCUGAACAUUAACGGUUGGCAUACAUAUUUUUGGAUAGCUUUUGUCCCUUUGUUUCUUCUACUUGCGGUGGGGACAAAGCUGGAGCACAUAAUCAUUCAGUUAGCUCACGAGGUUGCUGAGAAACAUAUAGCGAUUGAAGGGGCUCUGGUGGUACAACCAUCUGAUGAUCACUUUUGGUUUCACCGGCCUAGAAUCGUGCUUUUCCUCAUACAUUUUAUCCUAUUUCAAAAUGCAUUCGAGAUUGCAUUCUUCUUCUGGAUUUGGGUUCAAUAUGGCUUUGAUUCGUGUAUAAUGGGGCAUAUCCGCUACAUUAUCCCUAGGCUUGUCAUCGGGGUGUUCAUUCAGAUUAUGUGCAGCUACAGCACUCUACCACUUUAUGCUCUUGUGACACAGAUGGGAACAAAUUUCAAGAAGUCAAUAUUUGAUGAGCAUAUUCAGGCGAAAGUUGUGGGUUGGGCACAACAUGCCAAGAGAAAAGCCCAUAAUGGGGGAACUCCUGGCUCUAGCCAUGAUGGUUCAACUCACCCCUCUGCUGCCGCUGCCACUGCCGCUGCUAGUUCUGCUUUCAAGGGUAUUCAGCUUGCUAAAUUAAAUCAGAAUCCGCAGUCUUGAAGUUCCACUGCCAUGUGGAAUUGCAUAUGUUAAUAUAGUAUGAUAGUAAUAGUAAAUUAGGGUCAAUCUUGAACCUGGUUCUGCUAAGGUGGCGAUAGUAAUCGUACUCUUAUGAAAUUGUUUUUUGAUUGGCAAAAUGGUAUGAGAAUUCAAGAAAUGUAACGUUCAGGAUUUUUGUUGCCGAUAUUUGAGGUAAAUGUUUUAUGGUUAGUAAUCAUAUUUGAUAAUAGAAUAAUAGAAUGAUGUUUUGCG